CUUUUCCCCCAGGUCCCCCUGAACACCGACCGCUCCCGGCCCCACCAUGUGCGAGGAGGAGACCACCGCCCUGGUCUGCGACAACGGCUCCGGCCUCUGCAAAGCCGGCUUUGCCGGCGACGAUGCUCCCCGCGCCGUCUUCCCCUCCAUCGUGGGGCGGCCCCGGCACCAGGGUGUCAUGGUAGGCAUGGGGCAGAAAGACAGCUACGUGGGCGACGAGGCGCAGAGCAAGAGAGGCAUCCUCACGCUCAAGUACCCCAUCGAGCACGGCAUCAUCACCAACUGGGAUGACAUGGAGAAGAUCUGGCACCACUCCUUCUACAACGAGCUGCGGGUGGCCCCCGAGGAGCACCCGACCCUGCUCACCGAGGCACCCCUCAACCCCAAAGCCAACCGGGAGAAGAUGACCCAGAUCAUGUUCGAAACCUUUAACGUCCCCGCCAUGUACGUCGCCAUCCAAGCCGUCCUCUCCCUCUACGCCUCCGGCCGCACGACCGGCAUCGUCCUCGACUCCGGGGACGGCGUCACCCACAACGUGCCCAUCUACGAGGGCUACGCUCUGCCCCACGCCAUCAUGCGUCUCGACUUGGCCGGCCGUGACCUCACCGACUACCUCAUGAAGAUCCUCACUGAGAGGGGCUACUCCUUCGUCACCACCGCCGAGCGGGAAAUUGUGCGCGACAUCAAGGAGAAGCUCUGCUACGUGGCCCUCGACUUCGAGAACGAGAUGGCCACGGCCGCCUCCUCCUCCUCGCUGGAGAAGAGCUACGAGCUCCCCGACGGGCAGGUCAUCACCAUCGGGAAUGAGCGUUUCCGCUGCCCCGAGACCCUCUUCCAACCCUCCUUCAUCGGCAUGGAGUCAGCCGGCAUCCACGAGACGACCUACAACUCCAUCAUGAAGUGCGACAUCGACAUCCGCAAGGACCUCUACGCCAACAACGUGUUGUCCGGCGGCACCACCAUGUACCCCGGCAUCGCCGACCGCAUGCAGAAGGAAAUCACGGCGCUGGCUCCCAGUACCAUGAAGAUCAAAAUCAUCGCCCCGCCGGAGCGGAAGUACUCGGUGUGGAUCGGCGGCUCCAUCCUGGCGUCCCUCUCCACCUUCCAGCAGAUGUGGAUCAGCAAACCCGAGUACGACGAGGCCGGACCCUCCAUCGUCCACCGAAAAUGCUUCUAAGCCCCCUCCCCAUCCUGCGGUGGCCCCCCACCCCCCCCCGGGCUGGGGCACCCCGCUCCUCCUCGGUCCCCGCUGCUCCUCCCCACCACCCACUGCGCAUUAAAGCCUUUUCUCCAG